AUGGCCACCCACUACCACGAUAACACCUACGACACAACUACGUACGGGACCACGGGCUACGGCACGACCUAUGACACGGGCUACGGGGCUACUGCGUACGACCCCAGCACCGGCGCCUACGACCAGCACCUCGACUACCGCACCGACGGGUCGCAGCGGCAUCAUCGCGAGCGUACCGAUCCCAGCGGCACCUAUCGCCACCGCGACGUCGACCGCCGUGACGACGGCACCACGCGCGUUCAUCGUGAAUACGACAAUCCCAAUACUGGAACCAGCUACCAUCGCGACUACGAGAGCUAG